GUACCCUGAAAGUCUCUUUUUAUACUCCUCCAUAUAUUGACACACUGCGUUUCACCGAGAAAAAGGAGAUUAUCAUUAACAGCCUUUUCCUUUGCAUUGAAGUUCUAUCUUUUUCCGAAUUCUUCCAAAUUUAACCAGAAAAAGAUCCAACUUUUUCUUUCCUCAUAGGACUCUCAUUUCUCAGACGCACAUAGGAGGAAUUGGGUUUCGUUUUCGUUAAUUUUUUUUUUUUUUUUUCCAUUCCAAAUAAUUUCGAGAACUAAAACGAAAAAGAAAAAACCUGAAAAAAAAAAAAAAAAGAAAAAGAAGAAAAAAGGAAAAACCAGUUACCGAAAACUUCAAUUUUUUUUAUUUGUUUUUUGCCCACCAGCAAUUCUUUAUGAUUCUUCCUUUUCAUCUGAACAGUGAUAAUCUGAUCAAGAUUUUGAUUCCAAUCCAAAAUUGGCCGUUUAUUUUCACAAAGGCAUCUUUGAUUUGGCUAUUAAUCUUCUCAGAAUUUCUCUCUCUUUCUUGCUUUUCUUUUUCUUCAACCGCUACUGCUACUGAACCGAUUGAUAACUCCAUCACCAUGAAGGUCCAUCCCAUGCCCAAGAAGCGAAACAUCGCUAUCCAAUACGACAGGAAUUCAAGAAACCCCAUAUCCCAAGCUCAAGCUCUUCUCGGUCUCAACCACAAGAAGCUUCGCCGUUUGCCACACGUGUUCAGCCGUGUUCUGGAGCUACCUUUCCGUUCUGAUGCCGAUGUUUCCGUGGAAGAGAGCGCCGAUUGUUUCCGAUUCAUAGCCGAGACCGACAAUAUCGGCGGCGGUGUGAGAGCCCACAUGGUGGAAAUCCAUCCUGGGGUUACAAAGAUUGUGGUUAGGGAAAGUGGUUCUGCGGAAUUGACGCUGGAUGAGCUAGAGCUUGAUAUGUGGAGGUUCCGGUUGCCUGAAUCUACGCGACCGGAGCUCGCCAGUGCAGUUUUGGUCGACGGCGAGCUUAUUGUGACGGUGCCAAAGGAGGAAAGGAUCGUGAACUCCGACCGUCGUGGUGGUGGUGGCGAUGGUGGUGGAGGAGACGUUUGGGAUGGUGGGAGUGGGAAUGGGAAUUUCAGAGGAGGCAUGGGAGGCCGGCUUGUGCUUGUGUAGCAGCUGAUGUGAAAAUUCACUUUUAUAAACGAAAGUGGAGUCUAUUCAACACAUUAUAGACUUCUAAUUCAAGCAAUUCAAGCAACAUUUUGUGAUUGGGUGGACUCGGGGCAUCUUAAUUAAGGUGCUAAUGCUACUACGACAAGAUGCUUUAUUCUAUUGAAGAAGACUGCUGUCAUUUUCUUUGCUCUUCUUUGGGUCCACGGGUGAGAAUGAAGUAAGUUUCGUGAGUUUUUUGGUCAUUAUAUGUAAAAGAAUUUUGUGUUAUGGAAUAACAUACAAACAUGUACAUCGUGUAAAUAGUGGGAUGACAUAGAAAGUGGACAAGGAUUUUAUGCUGGGUUUCCAUUAUUGGAUCUCUAGGAAAGAAAUUGCAACUAAGAAAAGAAAAUUUAUUCCCAGUCUGUGGUCAAAAUUGAAUUUCUAUUUUCAUUCUUGCCCCUUUGGAUGGAAAAGUGCUAAAACUAUUUUCUCUCUUUCUCUCUCUCUUUUUUUUUUUUAUAACUAAAAAUUACUUCUCCAAUACGAUAAGUUGUAGACUUCUACAAAUGAAAUGGAAGAUAAAUUGACCAAAUAAAUAUCGACAUUUUGGUGCAAGAUAGCCUUGUGGAGGCGUUUUUAACAUUAUAAAACUGUCCAAACGUGAUUUUUCAGGGUAAAAAUAUAACCCAAGUAUAACAUAAUAAAGCAACAUAUGUGUAUCAAUAGCAACAUGUCGUUUCUCUGCAAAGAUUUACUUGAGCUUUUUUUUCGUGGAUGCAAAGAUUUGCUUAGUCACCACCAAACUGGGAAAAAGUCCAACUGAAAUAGACUACGCAUACAUUCAAACAACAUUGAGUAAUUUUCCUAAUUUUCCAAACUCACCCAUAUCCGUUGAUUUUCCAUUCAUACCCAUUGAUUUGCAGAGUAUUUCUACAUCCUCGUCGCUGUCAAUUGCGAAUGGCUUUUGAUAUAAUAUUCGAUCCACUCUGUUUCCAACUAAAAAAAGAAAAAAAAAAAAGAAAA